AUGCGCAAACACACUUCCACCACUUUCUUCCAGCGUUCUUUUUACGUGACGCGUGCUAUAAGUGGGUUACGUUCAAUCAUUAAUAGAGAAUACAAAGAAGAUGGUAAAACAGUUAAAGAUCUUUACAAAUAUUUUGUAAACGCACAAAAUGAUAAUGGUAAAGAAGCCGGAUUAUCCGAUGCUGACAUCGAGUCGGCGUUGUUCAACUUUGACGAGUCAGAUUUUGAAGACGUUGAUGAUGAGGAGGAGGAAAACUUUUCUACAGUGCAUGAAGACAUUCCCGAAGAAGUAUUGCCUCGGUCACCUGAUGGUAGUGAGUGGAAUUCUUCAGACAAAGAGCCGCUUGUUUCACUACAGCGAGUUAGGAUAUCAAUAAAUUUAAAGCUGCGAUGGGAUCGUACAAAUAACAACCAGAAUUCUUCAAGAAAUAUUAAUGAGGCUCCACCAUUAGUUGAACCAACGAUCUGCAAACCAUCCUAUGAAUACUUUUGCCAUUACAUCAAACCUGAUUUCUUUGAGCAAAUGUCACACUGUACUAACAUUUGCAGCAUCCAUAGAGCUGGAAGAUAUUUAAAUAUAAAUUUAGAAGAAAUGCGAACUUUCGUAGGCGUUUCAAUGGUUAUGGGUAUGUUAGGGAUUCCUCGAAUGCGUACGUUCUGGACUGCCGAAACCAGGGCAGCACUAGUCGCUAAUGCAAUAACACGGAAUAGAUAUUUCCAGUUGAGAAGCAACAUCAAAGUCGUUGAUGAUCAGCUAGUAUCUUCUUCUAUGAAAACUAUAGAUAGAUUUUGGAAAAUUCGUCCACUAGUUUCAACGAUCUACGCCGGCUGUACACAAAACUAA